CCACCACAACCACCACCACCUCCCCCCCCCCACCCCACCACCCCACCCCCAUCUAGCCCUGCUCAACUCAGCUGCAGCUAUGUCAUGUUCGGAGAAUUCUGCUCCAAGUUCGUUUUCAGUCAGGGCUUUAAUCAGCUCCAACCAGCCUGGACCUUACUGUCCUGGGGGUUAUUUGUCCUCUAGGCCGGACCAGGGCUACGGGGCACAGAGCUGUCAUCGUAAACACGACGAGAUGAGCCACCAGCAAGCUCUAGGGAUGGUGCCCCAUCACCAGUACGUGCCAGGUAUGGCAGGGUGGGCAACGCCAUCAGCACCCGGCCACAGCGGCCGCCUCCAGCAGAUAAACGCAUAUUCCUUCGCGUCUAGCGUGAAGGAAGAAGCCAACUAUUGUCUACUAGACGGGGAUAAACACGGGAAGACGGUCCCGGAGGUGCCUGUGUACCCGAGGGUGAUCUCUGAAAUGUGCGCUAGUGAUAGUGGCAGAGUCCCAGUCCCCAUCUAUUUCCGUUCAGAACCGAGCUACACGUCCAGCAAACCCACGGAUUACAACCAGCCGCCGCCGCCAGCCGCGGCCCCAUGCUCGAUCACGUCCAGCCUUCCCUUCACCUCUUCCUUCGCUACGUCGUCUUCCUCCUCAAAACCAGGUGAAAAGGCCAUAAAAGCGGCCGGCUCGAGCGACCCCGUCCGCAGGAACCCGGCAAAACCCACAGAAGCGAGACAGAGUGACUUUGUACAAGAUACACCCACUUUAGACUUCCCUGGCGGGGACCCGGCUCAUUCCGAGAGAGAAACAAAAGAAAGCGCGAAGACCGCGAGUACCACGAACUGGAUGACUGCGAAAGGAGGAAGAAAGAAACGUUGUCCGUACACCAAGUACCAGACUUUGGAACUCGAGAAAGAGUUUCUCUUUAACAUGUACUUGACUCGAGAGCGCCGCCUGGAGAUCAGUCGAAGCGUGAAUCUAACAGACAGGCAGGUCAAAAUCUGGUUUCAAAACAGGAGAAUGAAGCUGAAAAAGAUGAGCCGAGAGCACCGGAUUCGUGAAAUAUCGACUGCUUUCCCCAUCUGAAAGCGGCACUGUGCUCCGAUUUGAUUAAAGAAGAGACGGCGGACAAUGAGGUUGAGGAGUCCGAAUACUACAACAGCAUUGAAGAUGGUGAAGGGGAGGGGAGGGGGGAAAGGCUGGGGGGAGGGGAGGGGGGGAAAUUUGCUAGACACUGGGAUGAGUUACAAGUUCAGGUCUAGUCAGCAGAACAACUUGGAGCAACUUAAGAGGAAGGGGAAUGCUCGCAUUGCGAACUUCUAAUUUCAACCUAAUGGCUUACCUUCUGAUAAACAAAUGUAACAAACACUGAAGGGUCUGUUGCUGUUCAUGAGCCCAUUAAUUGUCAUCGAUUCAUGUAGUGACAUUUCUCAUUGUCGCGCCGAAUGAAUCGGAAAGCAAAUACCCUAGAAGCCAAUGACACCUCGGGCUUUUUUUUUUGUUCGUUUUCAUCUUUUAGGUGCUUAUAAACUAUUUGAAUUUUGUUGUUAAUCCAGCAUUUAUAUAUUAUGCUUAGAAGACAUUAUUUUAAGGUAACUUCCAGUUAUUGAAGGACAGUAAAAAAUUGACAGUUGGGCGAGAACACCGUGUAUGCUUCUGACGUAUUUUGCCCACAAAAGUAUCUGAAGUGUUAAUAAAGAAUAAAUCAACAUCCCAUCAAAGUACUGGGAGCCACGGACGCGUGGUUAUCCAAAGGAUGUGGCUCACCAAAUUAAAUUUGUGGUAUUUAUUUCACUUAC